AGAUGGCGAAGAAGAUGGACGGCAACGCAUGGUUCAUGUGCAAAACAGAGAGAAAGAAUAAGAUUUGACUCAAACCAAAUAUUAGAAGAAACAGAAAGCGAAAGAGAAGAGGAGAGAGAAAGAGAAGCAAAAAAAAUUCAAUCAGAUCGAAUACAAUCUUGACGUCCGCAGCAACACAACACAACACACCACUCUCUCUCUCUACUUUCUCUCUCUAAAAAAGAGCACAGCCAGAGCACAAUACUCGAGAGAGAUAGAAGAACAGCAACAAACCCUAGCCAAGUAAGGAGCAACUCGACCCAGCUCAGCUCUACUCAACUCAACUCAUCAUAUUCUUCAACACAAUUCCAAUUCUUUUCCCAUUCCAUUCUUUUUUUCUUUUUUUGUCUCAUCCAUGUUUUCUCUGAAGUUUCAAUUCCUGAGGCUCAUGCGGAGGGUUUUUGAAGAGUGCACAUUUCAAUGUUAGUGUUUGAUUUGGAGGCACAGUAAGAGAUUGGAGUUUGGUUUGAAAUGAAACGUUGUGUGGGUUGAAAUUGAUAGUUUGUUUGUGGACAUGUUUUGUGUACUAGGUUGUUGUGGUGGUGGUUGUUGUUGGGCUUAGGUUUGUGAUUGUUUUGAAAGGGCAGUGAUAGUGAAAGAAUGGUGCCUCCUGGGCAACCCACGCAGAUUGGUAGUGCCCAGUCUGUGUCACCGUCCCUUUUGAGAUCGAAUUCGGGAAUGUUGGGGGGUCAAGGGGGGCCUGGGCCUUCACAAACUUCGUUCCCUUCGCUGGUUGCACAGAGAACCCAGUUUAACAACAUGAACAUGCUAGGAAAUAUGCCUAAUGUAGCUUCCUUGCUGAAUCAGUCUUACCAGAAUGGAAUUCCGAAUUCUGGGCUUGCUGGCCCUGCGAGUAGCCAGCGUGCUGGAGGCGUUGAUGCUGGGGCAGAAUCGGAUCCGCUAUCUGGUGUUGGAAAUGGGAUGAAUUUUGGCAAUCCUAUGCAAUCAAAUUUGGUGAACCAUGGUUCGUCUGGUCAAGGUCAGGGUCAACAAUUUUCAAAUGCUUCUGGUAACCAGAUGUUGCCAGAUCAGCAGCAUUCCCAGCAACUUGAAGCUCAGAAUUUCCAACAACAUGGUCAACAGUCAAUGCAACAGUUCUCUGCUCCUCUGAAUGCUCAGCAGCAACAGCAGCAUUUUCAGUCGAUUCGAGGAGGGAUGGGUGGUGUUGGACCAGUGAAGUUGGAGCCACAGGUAAACAGUGAUCAGUUUGGGCAGCAGCAGUUGCCAUCAAGGAAUCUUGCUCAGGUGAAACUGGAACCACAACAACUUCAAACUAUGAGAAAUAUGGCUCAAGUUAAAAUGGAACCCCAACAUACAGAUCAGCAGUUUUUGCAUCAGCAGCAACAACAUCAACAGCAACAACUGCUCCACAUGUCAAGGCAAUCCUCUCAGGCUGCCGCUGCUCAGAUGAAUCAUCUCUUGCAGCAGCAGAGAAUUUUCCAAUAUCAACAACAUCAGCAGCAGCACCAACAGCAACUCUUGAAGGGAAUGCCUCAACAACGGUCUCAUCUACCACAGCAAUUUCAACAACAGAAUAUGCCUAUGAGGUCUCCUGCAAAAUCAACAUAUGAACCUGGGAUGUGUGCUAGGCGGCUGACACAUUAUAUGUAUCAACAACAACAUAGACCUGAAGACAACAACAUCGAAUUCUGGAGGAAAUUUGUUGCUGAGUAUUUUGCUCCUAAUGCCAAAAAGAAGUGGUGUGUUUCCAUGUAUGGAAGUGUUAGACAAACUACUGGAGUCCUUCCUCAGGAUGUGUGGCACUGUGAAAUAUGUAAUCGCAAACCUGGCCGUGGGUUUGAAGCAACUGCUGAGGUUCUUCCCAGGCUUUUCAAAAUUAAGUAUGAAAGUGGUACGUUGGAAGAGCUACUUUAUGUUGACAUGCCUCGUGAAUAUCAUAAUUCCUCCGGCCAGAUAGUUCUAGAUUAUGCAAAAGCAAUACAAGAAAGCGUUUUUGAGCAACUUCGUGUUGUUCGUGAUGGUCAACUUCGGAUUGUUUUCUCUCCAGACCUGAAGAUAUGCUCUUGGGAGUUUUGUGCUCGGCGCCAUGAAGAGCUCAUCCCGAGAAGAUUGUUAAUACCUCAGGUUAGUCAGCUUGGAGCAGUAGCUCAAAAAUACCAGGCAUUUACUCAAAAUGCAACACCCAAUUUAUCUGUUCCAGAGUUACAAAAUAAUUGCAAUAUGUUUGUUGCAUCAGCCCGUCAGUUGGCAAAAGCUUUAGAAGUCCCAUUGGUCAAUGAUUUAGGAUAUACAAAGAGAUACGUGCGGUGCCUUCAGAUAUCAGAAGUGGUAAAUAGUAUGAAAGAUUUGAUAGAUUAUAGCAGAGAAACAGGGACUGGACCCAUGGACAGCUUAGCUAAAUUCCCUAGGAGAACAGGUGGUGGUUCAUCUGGACUUCAUAGUCAGGCACAACAGUCUGAAGACCAAUUACAGCAGCAGUCACAGCCACAGCAGUCACCCCGGCAUAUGGUGCCCCAUACUUCAAAUGGUGAUCCAAACUCAGUGCAAACUGCUGCCAUGCAAAUUGCAUCUAGCAAUGGUGUGGCUAGUGUAAAUAACUCUGUCAAUGCAGCAUCUGCAUCAACCACCACAAGCACUAUUGUUGGACUCCUCCACCAAAAUUCUAUGAAUUCUAGACAAAAUUCAAUGAACAAUGCAAGCAGCCCUUAUGGAGGUAGUUCUGUUCAGAUUCCAUCCCCAGGUUCCUCCGGUAAUGUGCCACAAGCGCAACCAAAUGCAUCCCCUUUUCAAUCACCGACCCCAUCCUCAUCUAACAAUCCCCAAACAUCUCACCCUGCCUUAACUUCUGCAAACCACAUGGGUACAACAAACUCACCAGCUAAUAUUUCCUUGCAACAACAGCAGACAUCUCUUCCUGUUGAAGCUGACCCUAGUGAUGCCCAGAGCUCAGUUCAGAAAAUCAUUCAUGAGAUGAUGAUGUCCUCCCAGAUGAAUGGCACUGGUGGAAUGACUGGAACCGGUUCACUUGGAAACGACAUGAAGAAUGUAAACGGAAUUCUGCCAGUGAAUAACAGUGCAGGGGUAAAUAGUGGCAAUGGCCUGGUGGGUAACGGGACUGUGAACAGUAAUUCAGGUGUCGUAGUUGGUGGUUAUGGUACAAUGGGUCUUGGUCCAUCAGGUAUGACCAAUGGGAUGAGACCUGUAAUGGGAAAUAACUCAAUCAUGAAUGGAAGAGGAGGGAUGGCAUCUCUUGCUCGGGACCAAGUUAUGAAUCAUCAACAGGAUUUGUCAAGCCAACUACUUAGUGGGCUAGGAGCAGUAAAUGGCUUUAAUAAUCUUCAAUUUGAUUGGAAACCAUCUCCAUGAGAGCCUUUGUAAUCUUAUGGAUGUUGUGGUUCUUGGGCAGCUGCUUGUGCAGCAUGAGAAAUUCUAGAAUUGCCUUUGGCCCGUUGGAGGUGACAGAAUGCAAUCGGUUAGUGAUAGGUCGUUGUACUAAUCUGUUAUUUUAUAUAUAUAAAAGAUGAAAAUUUGUUGGCUAGUUUGGCU